UCGAAAAGUCUUUAAGCUAACGCUCGUACGUUGUGUUUAUUUAGGAACAUCAAAAAAAAAAUUAACAAAUUUGAUUAAUUCGAUUCUCGUUUAGUAAUUUAUUCAAAAGUUGGCCACGAGCCGCAUAUUUACAAUCAUUGUAAUUUAAGAGUGCGCGCGUGAACGGGGAAGUUUUCUUUUUUAAUUGACAAAAUUUGGGAAAAGUGAUUGACAUCGCUUUUUUCGUACUGGAUUGAGAAAUAGAAGUAGUUCUCAGUAGUGGAAAAAAACACAAACAGGCAUUGUGUCGUUUUUUUAGGAUUUUCGAGCUAAUUUUUUGAAGGACAUCUAAUUUAAAAGAGAGAAAAAGAAGAAGAAAAAACAUCUUCCACAUCAGAGUGGGGAAAUAUGCGUUAGAAACGCCUAAAUAGAUCGUAAUAUCAGUAGCAGCGGCCCAAAUCGAUUUAAAUAGAUACGAAUAUAUAGAUGCUCUGUGUGUAAACAUCAACAUCUAUUGCAUCGAAUCGAACGAGAAGAGAAAUACAUGCGUAACCGGAAAAUUCGACGUCGCCUUUGACAGAAAGUGAAUGAGAAAAGGAGUGUGAGAGAGAAAGGGAGGGAUAGAUAUAAUUUUCACUGGGUUAUUCGACAGAAGUCUUCUUGUGGGAAAUACACCAAAGCCGAAAUAGAAGAAAAAAAUUUCCGCGAUUGCGUACCAAUUGUCACUCGCAUCACUAGUGUUUGUCUGGUGUUUUUCGUUGUUGUUGGAUAUUUCUCCGUGACACACACACCAGUCUCGGCCUAGCAUACUCGGAACAUGAGCGGUGCGUGAGAAUCGACAAGGAAAGUGAUAUUUUUUCGCCAAUUUCUUGCUUACUUGUUGUUAUUGAUAUUUGUCGUCGUACACAUGUACGUGCAUCAUACAAUUUGAUUUGGAUUGGAAAAGUUAAACACGAGCAUAUAUGCACAGUGUGUACGAAUAUUCGGUGGAAAAUUCAACUGCGUAAUUUACGUUCGGAAGAGCAUCAAAAAGCAGCCGUUAUUUUGUUGUAACGGUUUCAUAGUGAUUCCUUUUAUUUGUGCUAAAAGUAGACGUAUUUCAACAAAUUGCAUCGCCUGGUGGAACCAGAGUGGAGGAGCUAAAAGAAGGUGUUGACAAGAAAAACCAUCAAAUAAGUAAACAGUAAUAAAAAUUCGCAAAUAAUAUAAAACAUCGAUUGAGUAUUGAUAAACAUUUGAAAAUAAAUAAAUAAAAAUAAAUUUAUUAUCAGCACAAGUGCCAAAUGAUGAAAAUUUAUCUAUACGAAACGAAUCAAUAUCGAAUUAUGAAAUUCAUGGAUAAAAGUGAAUCACAACAAAAUAAUUAGAUAAAUUUUGACAAGAGAAUCGGUAAUUUAUUGGCAUUCACAAUAGCCUCAUCCAAUACUCUCGAUCAAAGAGAGAGAGAGAGAAAAUAUCACUAAUUGUCACCAUCAAAUACAAAACCAAUGAGAAAGCAAUUAUAGAGACGGGAGUGCCAUAAAGACACUCUGAACACGUAAAUAGAAAACGGAGUAAUAAGGAAAUCCAUAUAAACCCAGUUGAAUAUCAUCGUGUUGGCUAACGCUAUAUCACAUCUAUAAAUCAUUUAAACUCUUUUUUUCGGUCCGUAAUUUACAUUCAUGUUAAACUAUCGUCUGGUGUCAACUCAUUUCCUAAAACAGCCAUAAUUUUUCGUUCAACAAUUCGACGAUUUUGGUUAACAACUAUCUAACUCUAGAGUAACUCCCGAGUAACGUCAAAAAUGUGCAGAGAUCGGGAUAUGCCUCCACUUGGAUAAAUUUGGAAAAAAUUUGUGGAAAAAAUCAGAACAAAGAAGCAAACCACACAUAUAUAAUACGACAAAUAUACAAACCCAAAAUUAAGUUUUACUCAAUCGCACACACACACAACACCACAAUUCAAAGUGUGACAUAAAUAUUUCGCAUAUACGCUCAAAAAGUAAACAACACGAAAUCAAUUUCGACAAAUAAAUUUGGGCAUUUUGAAUUUGUUCGAGAAAAAGGACGCCCGUUAUUUUUAUAUUUCGUCUUGUUGUCAUCAAAUUUUGCAUGAUCUGAAAAUCGAAGCACAGAAUUAAGAAAAAAAAAAAUAAGAAAUUCCGAGGAAAAAGGAAAAUUCGUUUCGAAAACAUUGAACGAAUAAAAUAUUGCGAUUUUUUUUUUGAGAAACAUCAAGUUGGCGGGCAUCUACGGUGUGAUUCAACCCACACUCAUUAUCUCUCAGUCCAAAAAUAAGCCACAUUAGCUGCAACAAUACACACAUAAUUGAAAUUAACGGCCUGUGCGUGUAUUUGCCGAAUAGAGAAAAACGAAUUGGUGUUUAUACAGAUUGCGAAGAUACCAAGCCAUAAAAAGAAUAGAAAUAUAUUUUCUCGUUUCGAGUAGAAAGAAAAUAUACGCAAUUCUGGUGUUCGUUCAGUCUACCCUAGGGGAGACGGAAAGACAAACGGAGAUAACGAGAUAACUUGAGUGAAUCUGCAUCGAUCGCAACCAUAAUUCCAAUUUUGGCUGCACGACGCUCUGCGUACACUUUAAAUAUAUAGAAUACACACAUACCCAUCCCCGAUAGCUUGCAUAAAUUGUAUGCAGCUAUCUAAUAAUAUUUAUUUGGUAACCGCAAACAGCAAAAAUACACGUCAUUGCGCGAAACGCUUGGAAGUCUUUAAAGGCUUGCUUGUGCGGCAUGCGAAAUCCAUCAACGAGAGGUAAAAGCGAUGAUUUGAGUUGUUUGACCAGCUCAUCGACGUCAUCGCGAGAUCAGAGCAAUGCUAAGUAUCCUAUACUGGUUGAUUCGGAUAAUAAUUCGGCGCAAUUCACAUCGACCUAUUUACCGCAAGUGAUUGAUCCACAAGAAUGGAAUCAACAAAAUGUUUCACGAAAGCGUAAAGAGCGACAAGAUUCAACAUCGUCAAUAACACAAGAUCGAAAAUUGGUGCGAUCGAAUAGUGAAGAAUAUUUGCCAAAUAUUGACUAUGAAGUGAUUCGACGUGUGUCAUCGCAUGAGGAAAUUAAGCAACCGGCUAAUGAAAUUGAUGGUGUAACAACGCCAUUGCUUCAAACGAAACAGGCACCAGACGAGGAUGACGACGACGACGACGAUGAUGACAAUGAUGAUGAUGAAUGCAUUAUAAAUAGACGAUCUUAUCAAUUUAACGAUGAUGUUGCAUCAAUAAAAUCGGCCAAUAACGAAGUACAGGAAAUUUUACGUGAUGCAUAUCGUCGCUCUGAAACUAGUCCGGCAAGAUCACGUACAUUCGAUUUUUCACACAAACUACGAGUCUCACCGAAUCGGGAUACAAACAACCAUAACAAUGACGCACUCUCUGAUAUGCAAACAAUGUCUGAUCGGCGAAGCAGCGAACGGUUUUGUAAGGCACGUGCAGCACAAGGAUUUCGAAAAUCGUCAUCGAGUAAAAAGUCAUCGGCACCAUCAUUGAUUCGCCAGUCAAGUUCAACGGAUAGCGAGCACAAUGAAAGUACAUACAAAUAUGAUAUCACAACCAUGAAAUCAGAACGAAGAGGUUUCACCAGUACGAAAACGGUCGUACCAACACCGGCAACAUCAGCGAUUGAUUUCAAACGACAAUUCGAAUUGCAAUCAUCCAUUUCGAGUGAAUAUGGCGAUGAUUACAAUGAUUUAUCGUCAUCAUUUUCCGAUCAUAAUGACAAUAACGAUUACACCGAUUUUAUGCCAAUAUCACCAUCGGGUCUACGAUCGCCAAUUACUACAUCGAGACAUGAAUCACUGCCAUGGGAUUGUACACAUGAACCAGUAAAAAGUCAACGGUUUGCUGACGAUAAAUUUGAUCAUGUAAACAAUACACGUGACACCGAUAUGAAAUUACGAAAUGAAUCAUUUGUCGCCGUAUCGAUUCCACAUUUUGCAAAAGGUGAAAAUUUAAAGACACGCGAUUUAAUGAAAAGUAACCAAUUGCCAAAUGUAUUUACAACGCCCGAUGAAAAACUAAAGCAAAUCAAUAAACGUUUGAUUGCAUUGAAAAAACGUGUUGCAACAUUUGAGGAAAAUUUUGAAAUGGAAAAUGGUUAUCGGCCAUCACUUUCGAUUAAACUAAACGAACGUUAUGUGAAAAAUGCACUCGCCGACAUACAUAAAUUGCGCAAAGAAAAACAAGCACUCAAAGCUGAUCCAAUGAAUGCAAUGGGAUACAAAAGCACACACACCACAGCCAACGAUAGUAAAGUGCAGAACAUGAUAGAUACCAUCGCUGAAAUUGAGAAACGCCUUCAAAUCAAACGUGGUGAAGAGCAUCGGCCGGAAGUUUUGGAAGAAAUGACUGCCGAUCAAUUGGUACAAGAAAAAACUGCAGUGCAACGUGCUCUACUCUAUUUGGAAUCAUUAUAUGGACGGCCGACCACCCGCGAUGAACGUGAUGCAGCCCGUUUGCUUUACAAUCGAUAUCGUGUUAUUAAACGGCUUGUAAAUCGUACGGUAUCAAUUGCCGGCUCGGGCAUAAGUAAUCCAUCCGAACUUCCAACAAUUCUUGAACAUGAAGCGAUGGCAUUCACAGUGGCCGCUAUAUCAUUAACACCACCGCCAUCCGAUACAGAAGUAAUGGGCAGUAAUGUUGCAUCCGGCAUUGAUUCAUCCACCGAUUCAACCGAUACAUCAAGUUCAAUCAAUGAAAAUGUGCACGAAAUGUCAUUGGACGGUUUGACACGAAGUUUAGAAAUUGUACGCGAUGAAAAGAAAAAAUUGCGACGCACCAUCAAAGAAUUUGAAGAAGUGUUUGAAGAACAAAAUGGCCGAAAGAUGCUAAAAUCCGAUCGUAUAGCCAUCGAAGAAACGUACGCAUUAUAUAAACAGAAAAAAGCCAAAUUACGAUUGCUUGAUGCAUUGGUACGAAAACAGCUUACACAUUAGUUUGGGCAACCUUUCUCUCUUCAUUUUGCGCGCGCGCUUGUACUCAAAAAAGGAAGAAUUCUCACAUGGAUUCUUUAAAGUGAGAACCUCACUUAAAUUGAUUUUACGAUAUUAUGAGAGAAAACAAAUGAGUUUUUAUCUCAUUAUUUUUAUCAUCAAUAAAUCGAUUUUAGGCAUAUUUAGAAAAGUCAUUUUUUCCAUUCGGCUAUUCGAUUUCAUUUAUCCACCAAUUGACUUAAGUUAGUGCCGAUUAUUUUUCUUUCUCUAGCUGAAAAUCGCACCAGAUAUAUUUUCAAAGAAGUAAAUUAUAAAUUAUUAUACAAAAAAAAAUAUUUGAAGUACAAUGUUACAAAUGAAAUUGAGAUAAUAUGUCAAUAUUUAAGGAUUUGUUGUAAAAACUAUCGUUAAAACAAAAGCAUUGAAACUUGAUCAUUGGAUUGGGAUUGGAAAAUGAAACGAGAGAGAGGAAGAGAGAGAGAGAGAUUAAAAACAAGAAAACAAGAAGAAGAUUGGAAAUAUUUAAAACCUAACAUUUUUAUGUCAGAAAUAUGAUUCGCAUAAAAAUUGUUAAAUUAUGUUAUCAAGAUUCGGUUUAUUUUCUUUCAAUGGGAUUUGUUAAAAAAAAAUAAUUUCUUUUCUUUUCUUCAAUUUUCGUUUUGUCAGAACUCUGAAAUAUAUUUUCUUUAGAUUUGAUUGAUAUAUAGAAUAAACAACUAAACUUGAGUGAGAAGAAAAAAUUUUUGUGCGGUUGGCCAAAUAAAUAAUCAUUUGGUAAAAAUUCUGAUUCAUAUCUUGAUACAUUUGGUCGCCCAAUUUUAUUUUUGUAUAGAAUAAAUUUACUCCGAACAUAUGUUGUUGUCUAAAUGCAGUGAAAUUUGCUAAUUUUGCUUAACUUUAGUUUUUGAUAUAUUUAAAGAGAUUGUCAAUCGCGAGUUCGAUUGAUUUUUUUCCAAGCAUUUUUUGCGAUAGUUUACAAUUUCAUUUUAAAGUCUACUUACGCUAACAAACUGAUUAAAUAACAAGUAGGAUCAACUGUGAUAGUUUGAAUUUAAUUGUUUCGAUUAUAUUUUUUGAUUUAUAAUAUAAUGUCAAUUCUUCAGUUUAUCUUUCCAUUUGACCUUCUUUUGUAAUUUGGCAUCAUGAUUGAAAUACUAUUAAAAUCAUAUUAAAAAUAAUUCAUAUGAGUCCGAUGUGAACAUGAAAAUAAAUCCAUUUAAAAAGUAUACUGUUCACAUUUGAGAUUCCUUUCCAUUUUAUGUCAUGAAUGGCAUUACUUAUCGUUUUCUUUAUUUCCGUUUAAUUCGUUCAAAUGAUUUCAGUUGAAUCCUUGGACCCAGUUCACACCCUUUUGGCAUCCUUUUCAAAACAUUAUGUAUAGCUCCCUCCAGAAUAUUUCCAAGCAAAAGCGACUAAAAUGCAAUAAAAAAAAUUUCCUGGUCUUGUGAAUGAGAAUGGCAAAGAAAGUGAAAGGGUAGGAAAAAACAUAGUCAAGUGAUUUGCAAAUAAAAAUUCUUUACUUACGUUUUUUCUCAACGCUUUUAUAUUUUUCUACUUGAAUUAGCGAUGUUUAAAAAAAAACGAAAAAAGGGUGUGUGCAUGUGUUUCGAGCAUAUUAUUAAAUAUAGAAAAGAGAACGCAAGUCUGCAUUUGAAUCAAAAACAAAUUUAUUAAGCAUAUAAUGUGUAAAGAAGCACUUUGACACAAGUCACUUUCCAAUGAAAAUCCUUAGUUUUGAUGCCCGAUUCGUUUUUGAUCCAGUUUUGCUUUUGUUGACUAAGAAAAAGCAAAAAAUUCACAUAACGACAUUAUAUAAUCACAAGUGAAUUAUGGAAAAAGUUUUUUUUUUAAAGAAGAAAAUUUUCACAUAGUUUUCCCUAAUUUAUUCAUUUAAGGUAAAACAAAACAUUAAGUAUAUUCAAUAAAAUUAUGAUCAAGGUUGAAACGGAAUAAUGGCGGCAAAGUUCGUCGAAGAAUUAUUUUGAAUAAUAUAAUAAUAUACUUUUAUUGAAUUGGACAGUUGCACUGUUUCAAUGUUUAUUAUAUUAUCAUUAUCGUAGAUUUUUUUUAUUUUUACAUUCAAAGAGCAUGUUACUGUCAAACGUAUCCCAAGAUUUAACAAAAUAAAAAAAAGAAAACAAAACAACAGAUAUUUA